UGUACUGCCAUUAAUCUCGAUUUGUCCUUAUUUAUCUGUUUACUCUCUCUCUCUCUCUCUCUCUCUCUCUCUCUCUCUCUUCCUUUUGCAACACCUCCAUAUUAUUCUUUCAACUAUCUCACACUCACCCUCGUUGGAUACUGGCCUUGCUUUUUCAUAUUUUCUUGGCCACACCUCACCUUUCCCUUGCAGCAGUUUGUAGCAGGAGGAGAAGCUGUUCUCUAUAUCUUUCUUCCCCUCCCACAGAUCACUACUACCAGAGAGACAAGAGUUAGGCUGUCCUGCUCCUGCUUGAUCAUGCAUAUGCUAGCUCACCCUACAAUUCUUUGAUUCACUACCAAACAGAGAAAGGAACUUGUUAUUCUGUUUUUCCAUUCAUAUUAUUUUUCUUCUCAUCCAUAUUGUGCAGCUAGCUUGCUCCAUAGUAGUGGAUCUUGGAAGAAACAAGCGGGAACAAGGAGAGAGAAAGUUCCUCCCAAAUAAUUUGUUUGCCCUUCAUCAGAUCUACAUCCUCCUCUCCUGCUAGUUGACCCCAGAGAGCGCUCUCUGCCAGCUGCUAGCUCAAGGUGGUCGAAUCCAUGGCGUCCCCGUCGAGCACCGGCAACUCGGGCGUCUCCGUGGUGGCGGCCGCAUCGGCGUCGGCGUCGACGCCGGGUGCCGGUUCCCCGUGCGCGGCGUGCAAGUUCCUGCGGCGCAAGUGCCUCCCGGGGUGCGUGUUCGCUCCCUACUUCCCUCCGGAGGAGCCGCAGAAGUUCGCCAACGUGCACAAGGUGUUCGGCGCCAGCAAUGUGACCAAGCUGCUGAACGAGCUGCUGCCCCACCAGCGGGAGGACGCCGUGAGCUCGCUGGCGUACGAGGCCGAGGCGCGCGUCAAGGACCCCGUCUACGGCUGCGUCGGCGCCAUCUCCGUGCUCCAGCGCCAGGUCCACCGCCUCCAGAAGGACCUCGACGCCGCCCACUCCGAGCUCCUCCGCUACGCCUGCGCCGACGUCGUCAUCCCCACCGCCCUGCCCGUCGUCAACGCCAGGCUCGCCGCCGCCUCCGCCGCAAUGCCGUGCCCCGGCACCCAGCUCUCCGCCGGCAUCUAUGGCGGGGGGCGGAGGCUCGGCCUCGGUGUCGGUGUCGGCGGGCUCGUCGAUGCGAUAGCGCCUCCGAUGCCGCCGUCGUCGUCCGCCGGGUGCUACUACAUGCGGAGCACCACCAACAACAACAACAAUGCUCCUGGAGGUGGCGUCUCCGGCGUUGACGUGGCGCCCGUGCAGAUCCCUUACGCCUCCAUGGCGAACUGGGCCGUGAACGCCAUUAGCACCACCACCGCCUCGGGAUCGGAGAGCAUCGGUAUGGAUCACAAGGAAGGAGGAGACAGCAGCAUGUGAAACAAGUGAACUCUGAUCACGCCACCGCGAAAUAUAUGGAUCGAUUACUCCUACUCUUAAUUAAGAUGUGGAUCAGAAUGAUGCGCGCUAGCUAGAGCUAGCUUUGAGCCUGAAUGUGCGUGGAGACGGUGGAGUACACUUGAUCACUGCUGAGAGCAGUGACAGAAAGGAAGCUUCAGGGGGAUUGAUGGGAGCCCAUUCUCAGGUUAAUUAAGAGCUAAGGAGCAAUCUAUCUAUGAAUCUAUCUAUAUAUAGCCAACAUGAUUUUUAUAUAUAUAUGUGUGUCAGCAGUGUCCCUUUUCUUGCAUGUUAUGCAAAGCCAUACUUCGGACGACUUUGGAGUAGUAUAUGUGUAAUCGAAUCGAAUCGAGAUCUAGCUUGAUCUCUCUUCUUUUCAUGAUUAAUUGGGUUUCCAAGGAUCCAUGCAUCAGUCAA